ACUUCAAGCAAAGUGCAACCAUAAAUUUUUAUGCCGCCACACCGGCACCUCCGCUUUUUGCUACAUUUCAAUAGCUAAAGUGUUCCAUACACGGCUUCAUUGGCUCAUUGCCAAUUUUGAUUACAUAACAUAGUUGGCACUGCCUGAGCUGCGAGUUUGGCACUUUGGACUGUCCUUGAAGUUUGCUCGUUAUGGCUGCAGCAGUUGCUACUCGUGUUCGGGCAGUUAUGAAGAUAAAGACAAACAAAAAAAGAAGAAAAAAAAGUCGGUUUUCAACAAUAUAGCAGAAAACUUCCCUGUAAACAUAAAAUUGCGCAUUUCUGAACGGAAGUCUAAACUUCCUUAUCGUCGUCCCAAAGUUUCGUGAUUCUAGAAUUCGAAAGUUUCAAUUUCAGUUGACAUUGAAGGUGACGGUCUCCGUAUUCAUUGAACAUUUUGAAACGUUCUAAUCUUAAGAAGCCUAGUAGCUUCUCUGUCUGGCCGGUUAUGUGAAACAUUCCACUAGAAGCUUAUGCACAAAAAUAUAAGCCCUGGCUGGAGGGUAUGUUCUUGAUCGCUCAUCUAUGUCAUGUAGGCAACUAACGAUUGUGUUUCUUUGUAUCAACAUUCCAUUACGGAAUUCCUGACAGCAGGGCGUACGGCUGAAAACACAAAGAAUUAUUGGGAAAAAUCGGGGGUUGUGACAACCAUUGACUGUGUCGCUCUGGGAAGCCAGUUGAAGUUGCUUUCUCGUGAAGCGACUCGGAAGUUGAUUCCAGCUAAUAAAGAUGAUCAACCGUAUUGCGUCACGAUACAGCUGUCAAUCAAAUUCAGGCUCCCUGACAGCCUAAUUACAAAGAGAAUGCUGACGUUUUGUCACUAACAUUUGCUCUGCUCAAUUUAAUUAAUAACGUCCUUAACCAUGGCAACAUUGAUUAUUAUUGGAGCUGGAGCUUCUGGUUUGGCGGCUGCUUCCCGACUUGUUGAGAAAGGAUUCGACCCUGCCAAAAUUACUAUUCUAGAAGCCGAAAACCGUAUUGGUGGCCGGAUUCUUACUGUUCCUCAUGGGUCGAGCUUGAUUGAAUUGGGAGCCCAAUGGGUUCACGGACAUGAAGGCAAUGUCGUUCAUCCAUUGGCUGCCGCUGCUGGAGAGAUACGGACGGACAUUCACACUCUCGAAUCGACUGGCUAUGCAGAUGACGUGGAGAUGGCCUAUAGAGACGGACGAAAAAUUACUCCCGUACAAUUGAAUGAAUUCAAAAAGAUUUUACAAAGCAUUUACGACGACUCCAGGAAAGAGCUAGCCCAGUGGGAUAAAUCCUUGGGCGAAUAUUUUGAAUUCAAAUAUGGUGAGCAUCUGAAUCGAGGAUCUUUUACUACCAUGAAUCGUUCAACUGCUCUAGAUCUUUUGGACUGGGCCCAUCGAUCGCAGAAUAUCGAAGACGGCUCUGAUAACUGGAAUGAUACAUCCGGAGUGGGUUCUCUAGAGUACCACGAAUGCGCAGGAGAUUACACCACGGUGUGGAAACGCGGGUACUCUGUUCUAUUCGAUAUUCUAAUGAAAAAUAUCCCCAAGUCAAGCAACGGGUUAAAGCUCGCCUUAUCGGAUCGCAUCCAAUUAAAUUCGCCAGUGCAUCUCAUUCGUUGGAAUUCCGGUCAAGUGCAAGUCGUCUGCAGUGAUAACAUUUAUUAUGCUGACAUGGUCCUCGUUACUUGUUCGUUGGGAGUGCUGAAAUAUAGGGCUGACAAGCUGUUCACCCCUUUAUUGCCUGAAAAGAAGAGGAGAGCCAUUGAAGGCCUAGGCUUUGGAACCGUCGACAAAAUUUUUCUCGAUUUUCAUAAACCUUGGUGGACUUCCGAGUGGGGUGGGGUCAACUUUCUCACCGAUCCUUCAAAAGCAACUGGCGAUUGGGACGACAAAGUGAUGGGAUUCUCAACAGUUCGUGGCCAACCCAAUUUACUAAUUGGUUGGAUUAGUGGACCAGCUGCCCGAAAGUGUGAAGCUUGUUCAGAGGAUGAGGUACUACGGAAGUGUUCUGCCUUGCUCCGGGAUGCGGUCGGUUCGAAUUUCGCCUACGAAGAGCCAAAGCGAAUCAUCCGCACGACGUGGUACAGCAAUCCGCAUUUCUGCGGAUCUUACAGCUACCGAUCGAACAAAAGCAGAGACUUGGAUGUUUGGGCAUCUGAUUUGGCCGAACCGGUCGUCGAUGCGAAUGGUUCCGUUCGAUUGCUCUUCUCCGGUGAAGCAACUCACGACCAUUGUUACUCAAACGUACACGCAGCGGUUGAAACUGGUUGGCGUGAGGCUGAUAGAAUCCUAAAACUGAUCAAAGAUACUCAGUUGACUGCCAAACUAUAUUCUGAAGCUCGCCCCAACAGCUAUCAUCAUUGGAAGACCCCCGUUUUAGCUAAAUAUUUCAACAGACGUAUUUUCUUCUCGUAAAAACUACUACAAUUAUGACGACUUUGAUUAUAA